AUGGGCCGCUACUCGGGCAAGACGUGCCGGCUGCUCUUCAUGCUGGUGCUCACCGUCGCCUUCUUCGUGGCCGAGCUGGUGUCGGGCUACCUGGGCAACUCCAUCGCGCUGCUGUCCGACUCCUUCAACAUGCUGUCGGACCUGAUCUCGCUGUGCGUGGGGCUGAGCGCCGGCUACAUCGCGCGGCGGCCGCGCGGGAGCCUGGGGGCCACCUACGGCUACGCGCGCGCCGAGGUGGUGGGCGCGCUCAGCAACGCCGUCUUCCUCACUGCGCUCUGCUUCACCAUCUUCGUGGAGGCCGUGCUGCGCCUGGCCCGGCCCGAGCGCAUCGAUGACCCCGAGCUGGUGCUCAUUGUGGGCGCCCUGGGGCUGGCGGUCAACGUGGUGGGGCUGCUCAUCUUCCAGGACUGCGCCGCCUGGCUCGCCUGCUGCGGCCGCCGCCGCCGGCGCCGCCAACCGCAGCAGCUGCAGCAGCAUCAGCCGCCGGCGGCCGGGGGCGCCACUGGCGGCGCUUUCGGGGGUCCGCCAGGCCCCGAGGGCCGCUGGCACGCCGCCACCCUGCCGGCCCCCGGCCGCGACUCAGCCGUGACCCUCCGUGUGGCCUCGGUGGACAGGAAGGACGAGAAGGGGGCGACCGUGUUCUCAAACGUAGCAGGUGAUUCCCUGAACACCCAGAAUGAGCCAGAAGAGACUAUGAAAAAGGAGAAAAAGUCCGAAGCCCUGAAUAUCAGAGGGGUGCUUCUGCACGUGAUGGGAGAUGCCCUGGGGUCGGUGGUUGUGGUGAUCGCGGCCAUCAUAUUCUAUGUGCGUCCCCUGAGGCGUGAGGACCCGUGUAACUGGCAGUGCUACAUCGAUCCCAGCCUGACCGUCGUCAUGGUCAUCAUCAUCCUGUCCUCUGCCUUCCCACUCAUCAGGGAGACUGCUGCCAUUCUGCUGCAGAUGGUCCCCAAAGGCGUCAACAUGGAAGAGCUGAUGAGUAAACUCUCUGCUGUGCCCGGAAUUAGCAGUGUCCAUGAAGUUCAUGUCUGGGAACUUGUAAGUGGGAAGAUCAUCGCCACUCUGCACAUCAAGUAUCAGCAAGACGGGGGAGAUCGAGAUGCCAGUAUAAAAAUUCGAGAAAUCUUCCACAAUGUGGGAAUCCACAGCGUGACCAUCCAGUUUGAGAAAGUGGACCUAAAGGAGCCCCUGGAGCAGAAGGAUUUGCAGUUGCUCUGCAGCUCACCCUGCAUCUCCAAGGCCUGCACCAAGCUGCUGUGCUGUCCCCCUGGGGCGCUGCCCCUGGCCCACGUCAAUGGCUGUGCCGAGCACAAUGGCUGUCCUCCCCUGGACUUGUCCCAAAGUGAUGGCCUUGGUAGACGACAAACAACAGAAGUGGCUAUUGACUUGUCUUUGGAAGGUUGUCUGAGUGACCACGGGCAAGCUCUUGGCAAACUUCAGGAGGACUCACGUUAUGUCAACAGCACACAUUUUUAAUCUGGUGCCCACAUUAGUAGGACUGUAUAGACGAGGCACUUUGGAACUGCUAGCUUGGCUUGUGGGAAGAGCUUUAUGAGUCUGCACUGACCAGAUUCACAGUGUGCACGCUCUGUGUUCAGUAAGGGGUUGGCUCUUUGGGUUGUUAGCUGAACUUGUCUGUUAAUUUUUGUGUGACCGAGAACUCCUUUAUAUUACCCUGGGUAUUUCGUGCUGCUCUUCAACAGUUUUGUAUGAACAUUUAUUUUCUGAAGCAAAUGCACUAGUAUACAUAUCAGGGACAUCGAAGGCUGGGACUCAAUGAUUGUGGACACAGGAUGCAAAGUAGUUUUUGUCUGAAAUUGAUUAGAACUGCUAGCUGACUCUCAGGUGAGCUCAUAGCCAAGAACAUUGAAAAAAACUCAAGAACCGUAAUAGCUAUAUUCUUUUCUAUUUUGCUGGGAGAUCUUAAAAGAGGAAAGUUAGGUAGUCCUAUCACUGCAGAAAAUGUUUUCUUUGACUCAUUUUUGAAUAAAUGUAAAAGGAAUACCUAGUAAGGUAGAAAAUAUUCUCAGACCAUUAGAGGAAGUCGAGUUUAUCGGGGGUGGGAAAAGGCAGGAAGAAAAUGCAUUCUGACCAUUUCUUCAUUUUGGGAAGUAGAGCGAAAAAGACUGUGCUGUGAACUGAACUAUAGCUGUAGGAUGUUUCAAGUGUUCAAAUAUACAAGAUGCUUUUUUUUUCACUUGGAAGUGUGGGAAUAUUUCUGGUUCUUUAAGUAUGACACAGUACUUAUAUACUGUCUUUUAGAGUCAGUCCAGUUAGGACUGUUUUCAUUUAUUGCUUAUUAAUGAUUUACCUGCUUGCCCAAAUUUCCCUUGAGCCUUCUUUUAUAUGAUCACAUUGAUAUAUGUAGCACUUACCAGGAGAAAAUGCGUAUUCUCGGGAUAGAAUAUAUGGCACUGAAUAUGCAUUCUUGCCCAAAAAAUAAGUUAGAUUGACUUUCCUUUAAUUAGACAUAUUUUAAAGUAUUUAUUAUA